AAUGUAGGCCAUGAUGCGGCACUGGUUUCAAAAUACCACACAUUUCUGGAAAAAGUGAGGAUAAUAUUGUCCUUCAACUAGCAGGUUACAUGCAACAGUGAUAGUCUACAGACACUUCAGACCAGAUUAACAUGAUGGGCGCUUAAGCAACGAUUUGAUUGGUUAAUUAUGGAUAUAACUAACAUUCCCCCCAAUCGGACACCGUGUCCAGCUCCACUACUGUCGCGUUCAUAUAAUCGGCUUCUUCAAAUAGUUAUAUAAGUCGUACAUUCCGGCUGAUCUCUUCGGUUGCUAUCCUCAGCAGAACUGUUAUGGCUCGUUCAUCCGGACCACAAUUGAACUGUCUUCGAAAUUUUUAUGAAACUCCAAUAGUUCAUGGGAUAGCCAUCAAAACUUAUUAUCUCUCUUUUUGGUAGGUUUAAAGCUUUAGAUGUCAUUGUUAUCCAGUCCAUUCCAGGAGGAACAUCGAUUGCACGUGUGAGGCAGAUGUAGACUCGUAUGACAUCACCUUAUCAACCACAGCAUGAAUAUAAUGUUCUCUUCCCUUUUGACGUAACCACUUUAGCUUAAUUUCUCUUUCUCUCUGAGCCAAUCGUAGUGUCGCUAAUUCCAACUAUAUCAAGGGAUCUGUUCGGUAGCCGUUUCCUUCGAAAUGGCCAUCACUAUGAGAUUCUGCAUAGUGGAGAGGCAAAUCAUAAAUCUAAUCAGUCUUAUGAUUUUUUUUUCGUAGACAUUCAUUAAUUCGUUUGCUCAAUUAUCUGGUUGUGUGCCCAAUAUAACUUUCUCCACAGGAGCAGCUGGAUUUGCAGAUACACAUAUAUGUAGCAGAACCAGGUAGAUUACCCCCUAGUUGAGGAGUCACCUUAGAUUGGGUCGAGAACGAAUUUGUUAGCGGAUAUUUAAAAGCUGUGUUGUAGAGUUUUAUUUAUUGUUGUAAGAUUACCUGAAUUUGACGACUUUAGUUAUAGAUAACCUUUUAAUGUCUCAGUAGCUGACUGGCUUCUAGUAAAUAAAUUUGGUCGUAUGUGACGAUUUUGGUUGAUUUGUUGAUCUAAAAUUCUUACAUUUUGUGAGGAAUGUCGAAUGUAAUGUUCUAUGUAUCUAUAUCUGUCCAUCAUAAUUUACAUCGAACUUAAAACAAAUGUGCGGCAAAUUUUUUUCGUUUUCUGAAAGUUUUUUUCUUUUAAAGUUAAAGCUUAUGUAACAGUUCAUUUCUUGGCACAAUAUUGUCUUUUAGAAUCCCUCAUGUAUUGACGUCUUUAGUUCUCACUUUCGUUUGUUGAAAUAAUGUCAAAAUGAAUGUGAUUUCAAUGCACUUUCUUCCUGGGGAGGAACCCAUAAACACUAAGUCGAUAGCUGACGGAAUCUUGACUCUUACAAACUAUCGACUUAUAUUUUCAACGAAAAGACCACAAAGCUCAUGGAGUAUACCCACUACUUUAGUAUGGAAAGCUGAAGCAUUUGAAAUGAUUCACAUCAAAAUCAUAACCAAAAUUGGUAUAUCUGUUACCUGGUCGUUUGUCGAUGAAAUUGCUUGUGAUUCUGGAUACGCUUAUAUUACGUCAUUAAUAGAUACACCAAGAGAUAUUGACUCUCUGUUUGCUUGUAAAUUCCGUUCAUCUUUAGAAGCGAACAUUCCAAACCAUCCAUUUCUCUUAAGUGCCUGUGAAUUGUUACAGAUUAAUGAUGUGGACAGAACAUUGGAUACAGCGUUAGUAUGUUUUGAAUUUCGUCGCAUGAACUUUGAUAAAACAUGGAAGAUAACAGAUAUUAACAACGAAUUCAAAAUUUGCUCCACGUACCCGAGACAUCAUAUUGUACCUCGAUCUAUUAGUGAUAAUGAUAUAAUUAAUAUGGCUAGUUUCCGAAGUCACAAUCGAUUUUUAACAGUUGUCUGGCGUUCUCAGGUAACUGGAGCUGUCUUACUUCGUUGCGCUCAACCUUGUGUAGGAUUAAUGUGUUCCAGAAAUGAGUAUGACGAGAAAUUCCUACGAACUGUUCUUGCUUGUUGUCCAAAGAAACCUGUUUCAGAUCCUAACAAAGAUACUCAUCGUUUGAUGAUUGUGGAUGCUAGAAGUCGUAGCAGUGCACAAUUCAAUCGAAUACGUGGUGGUGGUUUUGAAUAUCCAGAAUAUUAUGAUCAGGCAGAAGUUGUUUUUAUGGAUUUACCUAAUCUACAUACUGUCCGUUCAAAUUUUGAAGCCCUAACUAAUCUGUUCGCUGGCAAAUGUCCUAAUUGGUUUUCUUCAUUAGAAAAAUCAUCAUGGUUAAACAAUAUUGGUCAGCUUUUAAAAACUGCCACAGAAAUUGCUAUCGCAUUAGAAGAAAAUGCUCGUCCGGUUAUGGUUCAUUGCACAGAUGGUUGGGAUCGAACACCUCAAAUAAGUUCCUUAGCCCAAUUGUUAGCAGAUCCAUUUUAUCGAACAAUUCAGGGUUUCAAUAUUCUUGUUGAACGUGAAUGGCUACAAUUCGGUCACAAGUUUUCUGAUCGAAGUGGACAUGCUUCACCCUCAUUAAACAUAAAUGAACAAAGUCCAAUAUUUUUACAAUGGCUUGAUUGUGUCCAUCAAAUUCGCAACCAGUUUCCCCAUUGUUUUGAAUUUAACGAAUCAUUUCUGCUAAAACUUGGCUUACAUAUCUGUUCAAACUUAUUUGGUACAUUUCUUUGUAAUUCUGAAAAAGAACGUCAAAAUGCUUCAGUCGCCAGUCGAACCUGUUCAUUGUGGGGGUUAUUAUCCUCAAAAUAUAAUUGGACAAUCGUAAAUUACUUUUAUGAGCCAGAAGCGGAGCAUCUUCUUCAACCGGAUUGUCAAGUUCGUUCACUUAGUCUUUGGAGUGCUUUUUAUGGUAUUGCUUUGUCUACAAGUAAAGUAAAUCCCACCCUAGAUAUUCCUCAAGAUGUAAUUGAAGCAACACCAAAUACUGCUCAUUCAGUUACAAAUUCAACUAUUUCAUCUACCAAACAUAAAUCUCUUUCAUCCAUCGAUCCAGCACCUCACAAAACUAAUUCCACUUCAAAUAUCAACUACGAAAAAUUGUCUCAGCCUACAGCUAACCUGUUAGGUGAUGACCAUCCUUCUGAUUCAACAAAGAUAACGGUACCAAAUUUAAAAAUUGAUACCUCUGAGGAAGUGAAUUCAGAUGGAGAUUUGUUUAUCAAAGGAUAUGCUUCUAGUCGAAACUCACAUCGGCGUUCUCUUGAUGAUAUUAAUAAUUACAUGGAUUCGAGAUCUACUAAACAACAGUCUAGAGAAUUUUCUUUGUCGAGUCGUGUUUCUCCCACAAUAAUAAAAUCAUCAAGUCAAUGUUUUUUUGAAAACAAUGUAUGCAAUGAGAAAAAUAGUCCUGGACCUGCAAUACUUCGUCUUUCUUCUCUAUCUGAUGAUACAGGUAUUUGUUCUGGUUUGUCGAAAUCAUAUCUACGUUCUUUAUCAUCGGUUAUUAAUGGUAGUUAUCCUUUUCCCAAACAUUCAGAUAAAUGUAUAUCUCCUGAAUCAGGUCCUGCACAGUUAACAGUGAGUUCAUGUACGUAUGUUAAUCAAUUUCAACAACAGGAAUGUGUACUUUCUCCAGAUGAAAAUAUUGAUGUUUUUGCUUCUGAUGAACAAUUGGAACAGAACGAUUUCUCUUUUACUAAUCAUAAUAAUAAUAUAGAUAAUAUGAAUAGCUGUAGUAAUAAUCUCCUAUCUUCAGGUCGUUUAUACUAUUCACAAUUCAAUCAGCCUAUUCAAAAUUGUCAGUUUUAUGGAAAAUGUUCACCAUUGUCUAUUUCACCAAGACAGUUCGAGUUCAAUGAUUGUGAUGAUAGCAAUCAUAAUGACAGCGUCAAUGUUGAAUCACGUGGUAAAUUACCUUCUAAUUUUAAUCUUGAUGGAGUACAAGGUGAUAAUUUUACUUAUAAUAGUCCACGAUGGUCAGUUACUACACGAGGAAGUAAUACAAGCCUUUAUGUAUUAUCAGAUGUGAAGCAGUCUUCCAUUGAACUAUUAAAGCCUGUUUCAAAUAAUUCGUCACAACCUAUGGACAUAAAAAUAUCACGUAGAUUUGAUAUUCCUAACAGUUUAGUACCGAUUGGUAAUGGUAGUGUAUAUCCUAACGAAUUUACGGUACAUAGUCUACCCGAAAAUGACGAAGUGCUUGUUAAUGGGGCCGUAUCUCUCACAUCCGAUUCAGAUGAUUCUCCCAAUGAAUGUAAUGAUUUGAAUUUGUCAACACCUCUUGGAGAAUCAGUAUCUGGUCAAUUGUUAUCGACGAAUAAGGCUGAAAUCUCUAUUUUUGGUCAUAACGGUUCCGAAAAAUUUCAAGAUAUUACUGGUACUAUAUCAAAAGUUUAUGAGGAAAGUCUAGAUGAGGCAUUUGUAACAAAACUGUCUGAAUUACUUAUUCCUGAGGAUUUGCUUGCCUGGCGAAACAAAUACUUCCGAUUUGAAUAUUUUCCAAAUAUGCUUUCUCAGUCAUCCUCGUCAGUUUCUUGUGGCAGCAGAAAUUCGUCUUCCAGUCAAAUGUUUGACUGUUCUAGCAAUAAUAAUAGUAAAGCCCUGAAGCCAGGUGGAUCAUUCGACUCAAAGAGUCAUUCUGUAACGGUUAAUCCUAAAAUUUCUUUGCCUGAAUUUACUCGCAUUACGACUAAUGGUGAUGAUGUUUACAAUCGACCGACAUCAGCCCCAAUCAGUCCAACUUCAGCUGUGCCCUAUUUUCCUUCUACUCUACAUAAAAACUCUACUCCUUUAAAUAAAGAAGCUCAUAAUCCUCCCAUCGAUCAAAACAUAUCAAAUGAUACGAAUGCUUUAGAGGAAAUUCAGAAGAAACCAUUAUCUUCUACAUUAAUGAACACAUUGUCAUGGUUUCCAGAUUGGGAUGGUUUACCCAUGCUAGUAGAUCGAUUAACAAUACAUGCUCACUCACAAUUAUGUCAAGAGCGUUAUAAUCGUAAAACACAAAAGCAAUCUAUGCUUGCAUUAGAAGCCAAAUUAAAAUAUGCACAACUGGAAGUUGAACGGUUGAAUUCAGAGGCGAAAAGAUUGAAACAACUUCUCGAGUUGACUAAAACUCAAACAUACAAACAAGACACAAAUGCACUUGCCUCAUCCGAUGAUCAUUUAUCAUCGCUUUCAUCGUCAUUGUCGUCGUAUGAACAGAAGUUUACACAAAAUAGUCAUAUUAAUAGUCGAUGUAAAUCUAAAGAGUCCAAUUUAUUGAGUAGUGAACUAUUUAUUUCCAUUUCUAAAGAUAAAAAUAUUUCAGAAGAACAUCACAAUCCAUCUAACAUUAAGUCUGAGUUAACUGAUCCAACUGAAUCAGCAUUCUUGAAUGCAUCAUGUAAGACAACUUCAUUUGAAUUAAUAGAUACGGAAGAUGGUCAAUCUGUUUUACUACAGCCUGAUUGUAUUGCUCACCAAUGCACAUCAUGUCGUAUAGAAUUUUCGGCUUUACGACCUAAACACCAUUGUCGAAAUUGUGGUUACAUAUUCUGUGCAAAUUGUUCUGAUCGUCGUGUUGUUACAGCAAGUCAACCAAAUGAACCGGUUCGUGUAUGCCGUCAUUGUUUCUUUCAACUAUCUCGUCCUACAGCGAAAUCGUCUAAACAACAAUUGGAUGAAGAAUACACUCCAUGUGUUGGGCGAACUACAAUAAUGAAGGAAGACAAUAAUGGUGGUGGACUGGUAAAAAAUUUCACAAAUCCAGAUUUUCUUAAUUAUAUGAACAACUCAAUUAUGCUUUCCACUGAUUCUGAUAGUGGUUGUAUGCAUGUUUCAUCUUUCCCUAAUGGUGCUAUGUUGAGAAUGUCGUCAAGCGGUGUCUCCCAUCAUUUUAACGGUUCUUUUAAUUCAGAGACUACUACCAAUAAUGCCACAACAACAACAACUGUUAAUCAUCGUUUAGAUUCAAUCCUUACAAACAAUCCUCCUCUGUCUAGAUGUCAUAGUGCUGGUGGUGCUAGGCCAACCUCCUCUGCUGCGUCAGAUGGCAUUGCUCAAGCUUAAUAAAAGAUGCAAAGUAUUCAACAAUUAUAAAGCACUCCACAUCAUUAGAUAACGUGUGUUGUGUAUCACGCUAUAUAUGCACACUGGCAGACAAACUAUUCAUAUCCACACUUGUUUGCUGUUAAUUUAUUCUCCUUCCAAAUUUGUCUUUCAAUUUUGUUUGUGACACUAGUCUUUGAUUUGACUUUUGGAAAAACAGACUAUUUCUUUCUAUUCAUUUACUCCUUUCUCCAUACACACAGUAUGUAUAUUUGUGUACGUAUUGUUUUCCCCCAUCCAUGGGAAAAUUUUCUGCUUUUCUCUCAUUCCUUUAUAUAUGUAGCAUAAAGAGAAGGUUUUGAAGAGUUGGAUAAAGAUAUCUGAAUUUGUUAUUGCUCAGUUAUUUAUUCAUCAUUAAUCUGUUUCAUCUCUUCAUUCUCUGAAAAGAUUUCUUAAUGUGCUUGUUUCUAAAUCUUGUCAGAUUUGUAUAAUUUAGUUUGUUACUAAUACAGCUGUUGAUGUUGUAAUUGAUAAUACUUCUCUGCCCCUAAAUUACCAAUGAUUACCAACAGAAUUUUUGUGCAUAUAUAUAUAGCGAAAUAUACGCAGAAGCAUAGAUUUAUAUCUGUGUAGUCUCUUAUAUGUUCCACACGACUUCAUUUGCUUUUAUUCUUUUCCGUAUCUUUCUUUUGAAUUCCCCUACUUGUCAUUCAUAUAUUCACACAUAGAUAGAAAUAGUUUUACAUUUUUCGUAUCAUUAUUAUUAAAAUAAAAUAGUUAAUAUAAUCCGACUCAGUUAUUCUGGUGUCUAUUUCAAUCCACCAACUGACUUUAUUCAGAAGAUAAUUGAUUUAGUAAGCUAAUUAAUCAUAAAUUAGAAGUCUCUUUCAUAUUCGUCACUCCUUCUUUAUCAAUGUAUAUGUUUUGUUUUUCCCUCUCUCAAUUACUCAAAUAACGCUUAUUUUGUGACAGUCGAGAUUUUUGUGUUUACUACUAUGAUUAUUAUUGUUAUUUUAAUCAAUAUUGCAAAUAAAUAUAUAAACAAUUGUGAUGGUGUAAUGACGUACAAUCUUUUUAAUUUCUAGUGGGUAAUGUUAAAUGAUCUAUAUUGGCGCCUGCUUGUUCGUUUGUGUGUGUAUGUUUAUAUUCUUCUGUAUUUACCUAUUCUUUAAUCUAUUUCGGUUGUAAAAAAAGCAGCUUUUAAUUUGGUUGUUCGAAUCCAUUUAUACUAUAUUUAAUGCUAUGUAGCCGUUUUUAGAUGUGUUUGUGUUGGUAGUAUUCUAGUGUAGAGACUGUUUCGUUUUAUGUAUAGGGUUCCGUUUUGUAGAAGCUAGACACUAAUCGCUACCACAUUCAUAUUUCUCAUACUUGUCUCUUAAAUAUUUUUAUUAUAAUUCUGAUGUC